AUGCACCACGUCGAAGAACCAAUCGCUCAGAUGGAGGACUUUAACAUGCUCAGUGAUAGUGAUAUGGAUGUGGUUGAUGGGUUGGUGCCAGUCUUCGCCGCCUGUGGCUUCAUCCCUACCUCCAACCCCGAUGAUUCCAAGGAGAAUAUACCCCCUCCAGCAGAGGAUGAAGGUACCAUCGACGACGAUGCUACCGAUGUGGCUACCGAGGUAGCUACCGAGGUUGAUCUCAACGAAGUCAUGGAGGACUUGGACAUCGAUCAUGACUAUGAGGCGUCCGAGAGUGGGGAUGAUAGCGAGUACAGUGAGGAGGAUAUGGACCUUGCGGAUGGUGAUAGUGAGCAAGGUGUCGACAGUGACUGGGGGGAUGAUGAAGAACGGAGAGAAGGUGAAGAUGAAGAAGAUGAAGACUAUGAUCCUGAAAACGUGCCCAUCAAGAAAUCUAGUAUUGAUCGCAUCAUAGACACCUUCAAUCAUCUGUAUGAUAGUGACGCACGUCUAUCUUCUUCUCAUCAUAAUGAGGAUGAUAGCAUGGAAGAUCUGGUCUACGGGGAUACCGAAAGCGAUGAGUCUGGAUCAGCUAAGUCUCAUGAUGGAGACAUGGAGGACACCCCAACUGACGACCAGGGUGAGCCUGGCUGUUGCAUUCCCUCGCAAAUGGAUAUGUCAGACGAUGAUGAUGAGAGUGAAUCUGAGGAUGAUUCUGAAGACGACGAUGAAGACGACGACACUGUGUGGUUCCCUAAAUUCCGCUUUCUAGCAAGAGCCAACUAUAUGGAAGGGUACAAUGAGAAGCAGGGAAUUAUUCAUGAUCUACGCCCAUCAAACCAACCGUACUCGAAAUAUCCAACGGCGAAACUACAUGUAUUGAUUGAAAUCACCACUUACGAUCCACCUACCCGAAUUCGCGUCCCCGUGAAGCCACUAGUCCUUUCAUCCAGGGUCUUCUCCAGAAUCUUCGGAUAUGAAGAAACCGGAGAUGCACAGCCCAAUAAGCAGGCUCUCUGGGACGAGGAUGAGCUUAUCUGGUACGAAAAUCUGUCGUUCGAUUGGCCCAAUCCCGCAGCUAUGCUAUGGGUUCUGCAGACCCUGACCAGGGGAUGGGUCGAUUGGACAGAACCUGUUGAGCUUGCGCUUAUCAGGGACAUCGCUGUUAUUGUGAAUAGAUUCGAGCUACGAGACGCCAUGGAGCGCUUUUCAGCUGUCUGGCUGGGACACGUCUGUGUGGGACCGGAUAGACACGUGCCCUCACACAAAGAGCUAGUGGACUGGGUGUUGUUCAUUACUUGGGUAUUUCAGUCUGGAUCCGGACGGGAUUUCCGACAUGCUACGCGUGGUGUGAUUAUGGAUUACACGUUCAAGUCCAAGCCAAAAAACGGACUUCUGCCCAGGGAUAUGUAUGAAGCUAUUUAUCAGGCUCGAGUGGAUCUGUACCGGAGCUUGGGGAUUAUUAUUCGGAAACACUGGAAUUCCAUGGCUGAGAACAACCAGAAGGGUUUUGGGACUCCCUGCGAGCAUCAAUCAAUGUAUCCUUGGCUAUCUAUUCUCAAGGUAACGGAUAACCCAAGCAAAUACAAGGCGUCUCUGAGUCGCGUUCAUCAGGAGAUGAAAUCGAUGGUGAUGAACAAAUUUGUACUCGAGCCUUCAGCCUGUGCGUGGUGUGAAAGGACAGUGAAAACCCUGCAAGCCUGCGAGGAUGAGAUGCGACGGAUAUUGGGGAUCGACUGUGAUGGUAAUCAGGUUCAUAAGUCCGAUUGCUCCGAAAGACCGUGUUUGCAUUGCCCGCAGUUCAACUUCUGGCGAGUGUCCUGGCCUUGUCUAGAUUGGCUGGGAUGCGAGUCGGAUGAAAGGCCGUGCACGAGGAUGCAUGGGUUAGCGAUGAGAUGAAUUAUAUAGGUAGAGGGUCCUUUUACCCUGUGCUAUACACGGUAGUG